AUGUCCUCGCCGCCAGAGCUCAGCCCGUCGCAACGAGCCGCUCAAACGCGACAGCGGUUGAAAAGACCGCGUUCUCCAUCUCCAUCAACAGGAAGAGGUCAAGCAGCUGGUACAAGUGGCAGAUCGACUGCGCAACGCGCAACAAACAUACGCGGCGCCGCCCGAAGCUCAUCUCCUGACGGCCGUAACACAUCUUUACCGCCAUCCUCUCCCCAGAGAUUUUCUGAUACAGACGAUAAUAGCGGCAUAAGUGAUGUGGAGGCUGUUCCCGACGUGGAUGAAGUGGAAGGACGACCAGUUGAUGAAGACGACGAGGGCGAGGAUCUCUUUGGCGAAGACAUGGAAGAGGAUUACGUUCGAGAUCCUCGACUCGAUCGAUAUGACAAACGCGAUAUCAACGAUGAAGAGGAGUUUGAUGAGAUGGAUCCCGCUGCGCGAAGGGCAGCCGAGCAAGCGAUGGAUAGACGUGAUCGCGCUGCUGGUCGCGGGCCUGGACGACGCGCCGCCGCUCGGGAACGGAUGCCGUUCAUCCUGAGUGAUGGAAUGGAGGCAGACGACGAUGAUGACCUGGAUCCUGCAGCUGGACUGUUGGCUGGUAUGAAGCCGCGCGUACGCAAGCAGUAUGACGAGCGGAAAGACAUCGACGACGCAGAGGGGAUCGAGGAUACUAUUCCUUUGGAACAUCUUAGUGACAUCAAGGCCAAUUCGAUCGCAGAAUGGAUCGCCACCCCGAGCGUACAGAGAUCUAUCGAACAGCACUUCCGUCACUUCCUACUCAGCUAUAGAGACGAAGCAGGAAGUAGCGUAUAUGGAGAGCGCAUCAAAGACCUAGGAGAGACCAAUGCGGAAUCACUGGAAGUAAACUAUCACCAUUUAGCAAACUCUAAAGCCGUUCUCGCUUAUUUCCUCAGCAACUCUCCGUCUAGUAUGCUAGCCAUAUUCGACAACGUAGCACUGGCCUGCAUUCUGCUCUUUUACCCUUCAUACGAGCGCAUUCACUCCGAAAUUCAUGUUCGAAUCACGCAUUUGCCUACCUUUUCCACCCUCCGUUCUCUCAGACGCAACGACUUGAACUCUCUCGUUCGUGUCUCUGGCGUCAUUACACGUCGCACUGGCGUCUUCCCCCAACUCAAGUAUGUCAAAUUUGACUGCCGAAAGUGUGGAGCUGUGCUUGGGCCUUUCUAUCAAGAUGCGCUUGUCGCGGGAGGUGGAGGCAAAGGCGGUGGAAAGGAGGUCAAAAUUGGCGUCUGUCCGCAGUGCUCUGGACGUGGACCUUUCACUGUCAACAGUGAAAUGACAGUGUAUCGAAACUAUCAACGGAUGACUUUGCAAGAAGCGCCUGGGAGCGUGCCACCUGGUCGCCUUCCUCGCCACCGGGAGGUAAUCCUGCUCUGGGAUCUCAUCGAUAGUGCAAAGCCCGGAGAAGAAGUCGAAGUGACGGGUAUUUACCGUAACAACUUUGACGCAUCACUCAAUACGAAGAACGGCUUCCCCGUCUUCUCGACGAUUAUCGAGGCCAACUAUAUUUCGCGCAAUUCGAACCCCUCACUCGCACUCACGCUAAGCGAGGCAGACGAAAAGGAAAUAAGGCAACUCGGCAGGGACCCUCGAAUCGCCAAACGCAUAUUCAAAUCCAUUGCGCCGUCCAUAUACGGUCACGAAGACAUCAAAACUGCCAUUGCGCUCAGCUUGUUUGGCGGAGUCAAGAAGAAUAUCAAGGACAAGCAUCGUAUCCGAGGCGACAUCAACGUCCUGAUGCUCGGAGAUCCUGGAACGGCCAAGUCUCAGUUCCUCAAAUACGUCGAGAAAACGGCACCGAGGGCGGUCUUCACGACAGGUCAAGGAGCCUCAGCUGUCGGUUUGACAGCCAGUGUCCGUAAAGACCCCGUGACACGCGAAUGGACUCUGGAAGGUGGAGCGCUCGUCUUGGCGGAUAAGGGAGUGUGUUUGAUCGACGAGUUUGACAAGAUGAAUGAAUCCGACCGUACGAGUAUUCACGAGGCUAUGGAACAACAAACGAUUAGUGUCAGCAAAGCGGGUAUUAUCACAACACUUCAGGCUCGAUGCGCUGUCAUCGCGGCAGCAAAUCCCAUCAAGGGGCGGUACGACGGGACGGUUGGGUUUGGACAAAAUGUCGCACUUACAGAGCCAAUAUUGUCCCGUUUCGACGUGCUCUGUGUUGUAAGAGACCUUGUGGAUCCUGUUGUCGACGAGCUCCUUGCGCGCUUCGUGAUCGGAAGCCACCUUCGCAGCCAUCCCAAAUUCGAAGGCGAAGUUGAGGAGAUGACUAUUGGUGACAGCCUUGAUCAAGACAUUAUUCCACAAGAUUUGCUUCGCAAAUAUAUCCUCUAUGCGCGCGAGCGUGUCGAGCCCAAAUUACACGACAUUGAUCGCUCCAAGAUGUCCAACUUGUUUGCGGAUCUGAGACGAGAGAGUCUCGCCACUGGCAGUUUCCCCAUCACAGUGAGACAUUUGGAGAGCAUGAUUCGAAUGGCAGAGGCGAGCGCUAAAAUGCAUCUACGCGAGUACGUGCGCGCAGACGACGUCGAUCUUGCUAUCUCGGUUGCUGUUCAAAGCUUCCUCAGUGCGCAGAAGCUGAGCGUACGGAGGUCUCUCGAACGCGGAUUCCGCAAAUACCUCUCGCACGCGCGGGAUCACGAAGAGUUGCUAGCAUUCUUGUUGGGGCAGAUGAUCAAAGACAAAGUUCGUCAGCACCAACUCGUCACUGGAUCAGCACCAGAUCGAGUCGUCGUCACAACCGAGGCACUCGAAGCGAGGGCAAAAGACCACGAGAUAUACGAAGCCGCGGCAUUCUAUCGUUCCAAGUUGUUUUCGACAAAUGGGUACAAAAUCAAUGCGGCCGGAGAGAUUGAAAAGGUGUUUAGAUCGGAUGCCGGGCUCUGA